AUGAAUCUGGAGGAAAGAGAAAAGGCAAAAGAAGUACUGAGGCCGAUCCUCACGCAGCCUGAUUAUGUGAUGGAGCCGGGCUGCCAUGCGACUGUGAGAAAAUACAUGAAACUUUGCAAAAAUCCGGAGAAGGAGGCAAAAGACGUUAUCAUUAUGCUUACAGAUAACUACGCUGCGAUCGCACAGCAUGUAAAUCUACUGUCCGAAUGGCUUGUUCUAUCAGGAAUGACGGAAGCAGAAGUCCAAGCGCUCGUAGAAAACCAUCUACAACAGCAUCUUCUGAAGCAUUUCGACGCUUCAAAGGCAGACGAACUCAUCGCCAACGCCAGUAAAACCCCCGAAUGGUUGAUCAACAUGAUCGGUUACAAAAAAUGGCGGCAAUUGUUCUACAAGUUGAUCGAAGAAAACCCCGAGAGCAUCUUCCUCAAAUACGCAAUCAAGUUGAUCACGGACGCGGGCCACCAAGGGGAAAUUACGAACUUGUCCACUGCCGCUAGCCAGCUCGACGUUUUUGCCAGAGUCAUCAAAACAAGUCUCGAAACGUUGCUAUCCUCGCCCGACGAAGAAAUACAAGAAAAACUGCCGAAGUUCUGCGAAAUGGUCAAUCACACGGAACACACCUACCUCUUCACGCAAAGCUUGCUCACUGAGAUUCAAGAAAAAUCGUCAAAGUCCGGUCUCGUCCGUCGAAUUUCUCAAGAAGUCGAGCUCUUUGCUAGAACCAGAGGCCAUUCUGUCGAUGCUGUUUGGUAUGGAUCUAUUCCCGGCGCGACAAGAUAUCAAGAAGUUCUCGAUGUUAUAACAAAAGUGCUGCAGGACGUAAAUCCACGCUCGUCAGAUAUUGUUCGCAUUUUCAAAUUUUACAGAGACGUUGAUGAACCACCGCCUGUUGAUUUGUUGAGAGCGCCAGCAGUUUCGGAGAUUUUCCUGAAGCUUCUUUUUAUUCCUUCACAGGCAAAUAUCCUGGACACAGAUGGUCGUAUGCGAUGCAUCUGGCUUUACGGGUACUCUUCUUGUGUGCACGAAGAGUGGGACAAAAAUGGAAGGCGGCUUUCCAUCGACCGAAAUCCUCAAGAAAUCGACAAGGCUACUCAAAGCAUUGAAACAGUCUCCAACUUGCUUCAAGAGACAGAAGGCCCGCUCAACCUCAUCAGUGUGCUUUCUUCGAUCUUCCACGCAAUCAAAGUCCCUUGUGUCGCUAUUGGAGUGCUGAGAUGGGUCGAAGCGACGACAACGCCGAAAUAUUUGGAGAAACAAGUCGAAGGAACGCCAGUUUCACUCGCUCUUGUUGAUGAAGUGGCUACAUCACAUGUCGCCUUGCACAAUGAUGUUAUGAGGCUUCUCUGUCGGUUGUUAGAGAACCCCUUUCCAUCAAUGGACACUUUACUCGUUCUCAACUUGAAAAAAUCUGUGCUCGAUCGAAUGGUACAUCUGAUCUCGAGGGGGUUCGUCCUGCCUGUUCUUACGUACAUUUCAAAUAUCUUCAACAAUGACAAAAUCGAUGCUUCUCUAGUUCGUCAUUUCGUUGGAGAGGUGCUUGAAAUAGCAGCUCCGCCAUAUUCAGACGAACUUUUCGAUCUGAUGAAGCCACUAGCAGAAGUUCUUGCAAAGCACACGGGUUCUGAAGAAGGUCCGGCUCAAGAAUUCCUGAAUUCGAGAAACGAAGAGGAUAUGCGUAGCGAGGAGAAACGCAUGUUCGGCGAGACCGACUCGGACUCUAGCGACAGUGACUGA